AUGGGGAGAACAAAUCAACUUCCAUAUAAUUUACCGCAGCUUCAAAAUUUAAUCAAAAGAGAUCCGGUUUCUUAUCAAGAUGAGUUCGAGCAACAGUAUCGGAGAUAUCAAUCCAAUAUGAAAUUAUUUCUUCUUCAACCAAAUGAAGAAUCGAAAGAUCUAUCGGAACUCAUAACAUUUAUCGGCCAGGUAGCUCAUUGCUAUCGAGAGUUGGUAAAAGAUUUUCCCAACCAACUACAAGAAAUUCUUCAGAAACAUGCACUCUCGAUAAACCAUGAAAUGAGACUAAAUUUCUGCAAAAGUUUGAUGCUUCUUCGAAACAAGGAUCUUAUAACACCACAUUCGUUGUUUGAAUUGUUUUUUGAGUUAUUGAGAUGCCCUGACAAACUUCUUCGUAAGACGCUGUAUAAUUUCAUAGUUCAAGAUAUCAAGAAUUUAAAUCAUAAGCAUAAGAAUAAUAAGUUAAAUAAGGCGCUACAAAAUUUCAUGUACACAAUGUUAUCAGACAGUAAUGCAAUUGCGGCAAAAAUGUCGCUUGAUGUUAUGACAGAAUUAUACCACAGACAAAUAUGGAAUGAUACAAAAACAGUGAAUGUGAUUAGCACAGCAUGCUUUUCAAAGAUUACAAAGGUUUCAUCAUGCGCUCUUCGAUUUUUUCUUGGGCAAGAUGAAAUGAAGAGUAGAGUCGAAGAUGAUUCAGAUUCAGAUAAUGGCGAAGUAACAGCUAGAGAUGUUCUUAUAAGGUUUGGUGUAAACAAGAAAUCAACAAGAGCUAAAAAGAAAAGAGAUAAAGCGUUGAAAACAUUAGGUAAACAUAAGAAGAAAUUGAAAAAACCAGCAACUGAUUUUUCUGCCGUUCAUCUUCUGCAUGAUCCUCAAGGUUUUUCUGAACGUUUGUACAAAGUCCUGGAAAAGUCUACUGAAAGAUUUGAACAUAAACUAAUGUUGAUGACGGUGAUCUCUAGAAUUAUCGGAAUUCAUGAAUUGUUUCUGUUUAAUUUUUAUCCUUUUCUACAAAGGUUUUUGCAACCACAUCAAAGAGAGGUUACAAAAAUGUUGUUAUGCGGAGCACAAGCUAGUCACUCCCUUGUUCCACCUGAAAUUUUACAUCCACUACUCAUGACUAUUGUUAAUAAUUUUGUUACUGAACGAAACUCAAGCGAAGUUAUUGCUGUUGGAUUGAAUGCUGUCCGAGAGAUAUGUUCACGUUGCCCGCUUGCCAUGAAUGAAAGUUUAUUACAAGACCUUGUACAAUACAAAACAUACAGAAAUAAAGCUGUCAUGAUGGCAGCAAGAUCCAUUCUACAAUUAUAUAGAACUUUAAAUCCAACCAUGCUGCAUAAGAGGGACCGGGGUAGGCCAACUGAAGCCAGUAAAGAUAGGCAAGUAGUUGAAUAUGGACAAGUUAUUGCAACAGAUUAUGUUCCUGGUGCCGAGAUUUUACCAGAGGAAGUUGAGAAAGAUGAAGAAGAUAAUGAUGGUUGGGAAUCUUGUUCUGAUGAAGAUAAUGACAGCGAUGGAAGUUGGCAGGAUGUCGUGCAUUCUGAUGAUGAGACUGAAAUGGAAGAAGUUGCAGAUAUGCCGAAAGAAGAACAAAUAAGCAAAGCACAAGCUGUUAGUCAGAUGAGACUUCUCACACAGGAGGAUUUCAUGAAGAUGAAAGCUCAUCAAGUUAUGAAAGAAAUUGAACCUUCCUCUUCAAAGAAAAAAGCAAAUAAAAGAAAAUUAAACGUCAGCGUAGCAGAGAAUGAUGAGGAAACAAUGGGAGGAGAGCUUGUUGCACUUGGAUCAAUUGAAAGAGUCCAUGCUAAACGAGCUCACAAUAAAGAAAGCAGACUUGCUACUGUAUUGCAAGGAAGGGAAGGUCGAGAAAAGUAUGGAAGAAGAAAACAAAAGAUGGAUCCGUAUGCUUCAACAACGAAUAAGCAAAAAAGAAAAAAUAAGCCAUAUAUGAUGGUUCGGAACAAAGUGAAAAAGAAGGCAUCGGGGCGAUCAUUCAGAGAAAAGCAGAUUGCUUUACGGAAUUCAUUGUUGAAAAGGGCCAAACGAGUUAAAUGAAUAUGUAGAUUAUAAAAAAAAUAAAUAAAAAUUCUUGUGUUUAUUGUUA